AUGAUACAACUCGUUCAAGUUGCAUUCUGGCUAGGCUUCUCUCUCGCACCCGCGGCAGCGUGGCCGGUCACACCUCUAGCCGUGCACCUGCCAACCCACACAUCCAUUCUCCACAAGGCGGUCAAGCCGGGGAGUCCUUCUCCCGGCCCACCCGAGAUGCCCGAUGAGAUGAAGGUGCUUCUCAUCGUCGUCGCCAUCUCAAUCUUCCUCACCGUGAUCAUCCAAGCAUACCGUGCGGCAUGUAUCUCGGCUCUCCACCGUUCGAGGCCUGCCGUGCCGCUGUCGCAGAGCUUCAUGGGAGUUCCGCCCCCACACUACAUGGAUUCCCCGCCGGGAUACGAGGGCCACGAGCUACCCUCCGAUGACGAAGACACCGGUGAUCAGUCUCACCUCAAGCAGCCAAAGAAGAGCCCGAGGAAAACCAAGCACCACAAGAACAACCAUAGCCACGGGACUCACAAAGCCCACGAGCAUCACGUCCACCACACCAGUGCUCAUCAUCAUGGUGAGACUGGUGCGGGUGGGUCAGGAUGA